AUGAACCUCCUCCUAUUGGCUCUUUUUUGUUUCUGUGGCCUCACUGCACAUACUGGGAAAGGUGUGGGAAGUGAAGUUAUGAGGAAGAAUUUUUGUGCAAUCCUAAGAAGCCAACCUAUACCAGCCAAGUUAGUCAAGAACUAUACCAUGGAAGAGGGUCUGACCAGAGCAGUGAUUCUUACCACUUGCAAGGGAAGACAAUUCUGUGCUGAUCCUGAGGCCAAAUGGGUAAAAGAAAUCAUUAGUACUAUGGACGGUGCAACCAAAACAAGGAGAAACAUAUGCCAGACCAAAUCAAAAAGAUCACAGUGA